GGUUCUCAUGAGUAAAUAGAAAACCUAUGGCGAUUGGCUUUAUGUGCUCUUUCUUCUCUUGAUAUGAAUGUGAGUAGGCAGAAUCUUGAAGCAAACCAAUGCUGUAUCCCGCUGGCUGGAGUCCUUCGGAUAGCAUGGCUCUCUUUCAAUUCCCAGCUCAGAAAUAGUGCAGAAAUAGCUUUUAUGAUCCCAGGGAAUAAACCAGGCUGUGCUUUCCAGUAUCUUUGCUGCUUUUCAGGAGGUGAGGAAAUGACUUUACCAGAGCUCGCUUUGAGUUGGUUGCACAUACCGUGUUUUCUUAUCACAGAGACUUGCAAAGUGGGGAAAACGGUGGCUGGUCUCUGAAGGAGUUUCGGUGGGGAAGCUGCCUUGGUUUAGGAGCCGAUAAAAAUGACAACUUCGUCGAUCAGGCGGCAGGUGAAAAACAUUGUGAACAAUUAUUCAGAGGCCGAAAUCAAAGUUCGGGAAGCAACUUCCAACGACCCUUGGGGUCCGUCCAGCUCUUUAAUGACUGAAAUCGCUGAUCUGACCUACAAUGUGGUGGCCUUUUCUGAAAUCAUGAGCAUGAUCUGGAAGCGCUUGAAUGACCAUGGCAAAAACUGGAGGCACGUCUACAAGGCCUUGACGUUGUUGGAUUACCUGAUUAAAACUGGGUCGGAGAGAGUGGCCCAGCAGUGCAAAGAAAACAUCUUUGCUAUCCAGACUCUGAAAGAUUUCCAGUACAUCGACCGCGAUGGUAAGGACCAGGGCAUCAAUGUGCGGGAGAAGUCCAAGCAGUUGGUCUCCCUCCUGAAGGAUGACGAACGGCUCAAGUUGGAGCGGGCCCAGGCCCUGAAGACCAAAGAGCGCAUGGCGCAAGUGGCCACAGGGGUCGGGAAUAACCAGAUCACCUUUGGCAGAGGCUCCAGCCAGCCGAACCUGUCCACCAGCUACUCGGAGCAGGAGUACGGCAAGUCUGGAGGGUCUCCAGCAUCAUACCACGGGUCUACAUCACCUCGAGUGUCUUCGGAGUUGGAGCAGGCGCGGCCUCAGACAAGUGGAGAGGAGGAACUCCAACUCCAGCUGGCCCUGGCCAUGAGCAGGGAAGUGGCAGAACAGGAGGAACGCCUUCGUCGCGGUGAUGAUCUGCGGUUGCAGAUGGCUUUGGAGGAGAGCCGCAGAGAUACGGUGAAGAUUCCCAAAAAGAAAGAGCACACAGCUCUGUUGGAUCUCAUGGAUGCCCUGCCCUCCUCAGCGCCGGCUCCCCAGAAAACAGAGCCUUGGGGCCCCCCGGCUACAGCAAACCAGACAGACCCUUGGGGGGGCCCUGUAGCCAACAACAACACCUCGGACCCUUGGCAAUCGUUCGGUGCCAAACCAGCGUCCUCCAUCGAUCCGUGGGGAGCCCCAGGUGCGUCAUCGGCCGCACAGCCUCUCCCAAAGAAUGUAGAUCCCUGGGCUCCCUCUCAGCCUCCAUCUGUGGCUUCAAAAGCUGACCCUUGGGGACCAGCGCCUCCAAAUAAGCCUAUCUCUGCUUCUGGUAGUAAAUCUUUUGACCUCUUCAGCAAUUUGAAUGGGACAAUUAAAGAUGACUUUUCUGAAUUCGACAGCCUUCGAACUGCUAGAAAGCAAGGGGGUUCCAGUUCCACUCUCUCAGCCCAGAACAGUGGCACAACCAGUCCUGACCUCUUCGAGUCCCAGCCCGCGAACUCGGCCUCAAGUAAACAGACCGCGGCUCGGAAAACCCCAGAAUCCUUCUUGGGCCCUAAUGCUGCUCUGGUGAACCUGGAUUCACUGGUAUCGAAACCGCCGCAACCGGCACCUUCCCUGAACCCUUUCUUGGCUCCAGGAACAGUGGCCUCGGCUGCUGCUGGUGCUGCCUCUUCCACCUCUGCUCCACCUCUGGUCAACCCCUUCCAAGUGAAUCAGCCUCAACCCCUCACUCUCAAUCAGAUGCGGUCGAGUCCCGUCAUGGGGAGCAGCCCGUCUUUCUCCGCCGUCCCGGCCGCGGGUGUGGAACCCCUACCUCUGCCUUCAGUGGCGCCGGUGGCCAUGGCCAUGGCACCCAUGCCAGCCAUGGGCACCGUGGCGUCUCUCACCAGAAUGGGGCCCCCCAGGGAUGACCGUGGGUCUCGUGGGGCCGAUGGUGCCCCCUUUACACAGUACUGGAAUCGGCCCUUCCGUCUCCCAGCCUGCAAACACUACUAACCCUUUCCUUCUAUAAGGGUCCCCCCAACGUGCGCGGAGCUUAACCUGGCGAAAGGAUUGCGGAACUGAGCGUGACAUCCGAGGCCGGCUUGGGUUUAGCCGUGUGUGCAAAAGACCUUUUUAUGUGUGUAUGUGGGGGGGGGGGGGGGGGGGGGGGGAGAACUAGAUUUGCAGUUUACACAAAAGCUCUCUCACUCCUCACCGUUUAAAACCUAGCGUUUGCUGCAGAACAUACUUUUUAACCCAGGGCUUGUGGGAGCAUUGCAUUAAAGGGUGUUUGGGGUUUUGUUCUUUUAGAUUUUUUUGUCGCCAAAGUUAGAUUUCCUUCCCCCUUGCUUUUUUUUUUGUAGUUUUUUGUCAUUGUUGUUACACAUUUCACUAUUAUAGGAAGAACCGGCCAUUUUAAACAACCCCCUUUGCUACGUUUUAUAGUCUGGACCCAGGUUUUCGGUGGCUACGACCCAAGUCUGUCUGAAGGAACCCUUCACUCGUAAAUGUUAGAUCCGGGACUCAUGUGCUAGUGAACGCAUUUGCACAUAACCAUGUACUCUUCUAGACUGUUGGCUCACCCAUAAUCCUUAUCAAUCUUAGGAAGAAGAGGAGGAAUUUUGUUCCUUGGGAAAUGAAAUGUACCACAAAACUGUGCCCGGUUUUUUUGUUGUUGUUCAUGCGGGUGGGGAGCAGGCAAGAGCUGGAUUCGACGCAAAAGGCAGGCAUGUCAGAAGGGGAACAGGAAAAGUCCUACAAGGUGUACACAGUGUUGUAAAUUUCUACACUUGGAAAGGACAUUGAGAGCUUCCGUGCGAGCGGCUGGCGUGCUGCCCUGUUGUUCGGGUGUGUUUUUGCGCUCUGCGCUUGUCCGUCCAGUGACUUCGUUUGGACGUUGUCAUGUGCGUGUUUAUUGUUUUGUUUUCUUCUUUUGACUUGCAAUGCAGGUUAAAAACAGGAACACGGAAAGGAGGGCAAACAAUGGGGAGAUACGGAAAUUUCAGCAUCGUGGGGAACUAAUUUGCAACAAUUUCCUUAUUGUUAUUAUUAUUAUUAUUAUGCAGUUAUUCUUGUAUACUUUUGCACUUUUGAAAGGAAAACAAAAAAGUACCGUUUUUGGAUUGGAGCUGGCAAGGUUGGUGCUCCGUUUCCCCCUUGCCACCUUUUUAUAAUACUCUUAUUUAUCAGUCUGUAGCUUUGGUAGACUGAACAGGUCUAGCCGAAAAAGGAAGAUACUGUCUCUCUUUGUUUUUCAAUGGUUCAAUGCCCUCUUAUUUAUAUGUAUAAAUAUUUUAGCUCUCGGGUUUCCGUAAACAGAGUUUAAAAAGGGAAUAUAGACACACCGUUUGCAUUUGAACGGAGGGUUUUAACGAAAAACCGAAACGCUCCUUUGGCAUGAAAUCUUGAGAGGAAUGUGACCGUAAGACGACGUUUAGAAAGGAAACAAAACACUACAGUUGCCUUUCCUCCUUCCCUGUUUUAUGAUGAUGUCUCCUCCGUCUUGAGGGGAAAGACUCUGGGAUAACCUUUUAUAAGACCGAAGAUCAUGGAAGAGGAGACUACUUCUCUCUUGUUAUACUUUGGGAAACUUUUAAUGAAACAGACAAACAAACCACGGUUGUAUGAAUGUUAAUUUUAAUCAACUAAAUUCCUCUAACUAAAGAUGCACUCCAUGCUAAUAACUGGCUCUGUUUACAGUCUUCAUUGCAAUGCAAACUUUGAGUCUUCAGCCUUGUUCCUCAGCUUUGUUCUCCUUAAGCCAUACUCAGGUGUAAGUUGUGAUUUACCUGCUUGGAAAUUGUGCUUUCUUGGGGGGCGGGGGGAUGUCAACUGUAAAAUGAACUUGGCUUCCAAAUACAUACAUACAUAAAUACAAAUACAUACAUACAUACACAUGCACAUCCCCCACAUGUCCAUGCCCUUCAGCUCAGUGGGAUAACCCUUGUUUUUGUAACCCCUUUGUGUGCAGUUGAACUGUGAUUGCUCGGGUGGUAUCUUCUGGAUUUUUAAAGAUGUAUAAAUUUGGGACUUCUCUGAUAUCGAGAUAUCGAGUCACGGUUUUCCAUUAAGGAGAGGCUAAUAGGCAUAAUGGCUCAGUUGUUGGUAAAGAUGUGCUGCAUUAAGGGACCGUCCAUCAUACUGAAAAGGCUAGCGAUAGAGUUGUUCCGCAUGCUUUGUCCCCCGCAGUGAGUUUUAGUUGUAUUUCCCAUUUCCUUCGCUCUGAAAUUUUGGGUUUCCCUUCAUGGUUUAACAAGCCAUGAGAGAGAAGUCACUUUGAGCAGCGAAAGGGGUGCUUUGAAAACCCUAGAGUAAGAACUGGGGAUUCUUUGGCCAUCCAGAUGCUUUGGACUUCCUCUCCCAUAAUUCUUUAUCAUGGGCUGAAGCCUCUCAAAACUGGUCCAAAAUCACUUGGCAGGCCCAAAAUUUCCACAUUGAGAGGAAUCGGGUUUGAAGGAUUGGAAUAAAACUUUUGUGAAUGUUGGUCAGCUUUUCUGGGUUGAAAUUGGGCAAAAGGUAUCCCAUUAAGUUUAAAGGUUGUAAUCACUGCCAAUGUAGUUGCCAUUUUCUUUGCAUCCCUCUUGACCUGUGUGUGUUUUCUAUGCCUGGUUGCCUUCCCCACGUAAGGUUAGUCUUAAAAGGUCCCAGGAGACUCCUUCUCCUAUUUGUGCCCUUUGGCCACAGUUUAGGUGGGAGAAGGGUGGGUAUGAACCUGUCAUCCAUUGCCAUUUGUCUUAACACUGUGAAAGUCAGUACAGUCUAAUCCUAAUCCUUAUCCACAGAUUUUUUAUCCAGUGAUUCAAGCAUCCACGGCUUGAAAAUAUUCCCAAAAAAGUAUAAGUUCCAAAUAGCAAACCUUGAUUUUCCAUUUUAUAUAAGGGGCACCAUUUUGCUCUGCCAUUAUAUUCAAUGGGAAUAGAGCGUCCACGGAUUUUGUUAUCCACGAAGGAUCCUGGAACUAAACCCCAGCGGAUAACAAAGUCCCACUGUAUUUUAUUUGCAGCAGCCACAGGGUACGGAAGGUCUUUGGGUGGCCAUGGGGCAGCCCUCGGACUUUGGGGAUAUCUGAAGGACCCCCCCUCAUGGCACCCAUCUUAAAGGCAAUGUGGCGCCAUUCUGCUUCCUCUUCCUUUUUAUCAGUACGAAGGAAGAUGGAAACUGUGGGAAAACAUGGGUUGGUUACUAACAUAAGACAAAGGCCAGCAUACUGUUAGUAACAUGUCCAGCGUACAUCUGCGCAUGCCUUUAUUUUGUUCACCACAGAGGUGGUUUUCUCUUUGCAGUCACUUCAUGCCCACUCCUUGGCCAUUAAGUUACUGGUGGAAAGUGGGAGGGAUGGGAGAAUAGCUGUGUCCCUGUGGCCAGAUGUGUAGUAAGUAUAUCAGGCACUGAGAUGGUUAUCCGUUUGCAUCUCUAUGGGGAUCUAACCAGGUCCUUCUCCAAGUCCCUCCAGUGUUCAGCAGCCAUUGAAUGGCCAUUGUGGGAGGUUGCAGUGGCUGAACGGUGAGUCCGGAGAUGGAGGUCUGGAGAGAUGUAGUGUAGUUCCACCUGUGUUAUAAGGUCUGCAAUAGUUGUAGCUGUCGGCCAGUAUUUGUAGUCUCCGUGAAGCGUAGUGUUUCAGACAGGGCAAUUGCUUCAUGAGUCUUCUCUGCAAGCACCUUGCCUUGAGAGAAACUGUUUGGAAGCCAGCCAUUUCCUCUCCUGUGGGAACCAUAACAAAUGUAUGCUGUGUACUGAGAUUUCAUUAAAAGCAGAAGGAUUCCUCGUUUGGUUUUUUCAUUUGGCAGAACCUUGGAAACGUGCGAGAUGCGGAUACACGCAGACGUAGCGCAUACACAAGAGUUCUCCAAGCCUCGUGUGUUUUUUUAAACAGUGGGAGCAGGUUCGUUUUGACCGAAUUCGUGCUGUUGAACUUUUUAUUGUACGGAUCUAAUUUAUCAUUUGUACUGUUGUGUCAUAAAAACAAAACAAAAGGUCUUGUAUCUGUGCCCCGUUUCUCUCCUUGUUGCGGAAAUGUGGUGGUCGAUGAAACCGUAGAAAAGGUGGGGCUUUGUCGGAAUUUAAGUGUCUUGUCAGAAUUAAAUGUGUCUUGCUUAUA